AUGGCUUCGACAGUUGCCGAGAAUCCAGAUCUUCAAGCUGCAUACGGAAAAAUCGAAGCAAUUACGGCGUAUCGAGAAACGUAUUAUGGAUUGGCCGGCGGUGACGAACUUCUGCCUACUUGGCUGCGCAGAUGCCACAGUCAGUGUCCCAAGCUUUCUAUGUCUGCAUUACUAACAUAUCUUACCACCAAGGCCAACGAUUCAUCAUUUUAUGGAAGUGAAGGAAAAUUUAGAGCAGGCCGAUGGGUUUCCGAAAACAGUCCAAGCCGAGCAGGAUCUGAAGAGAGCAGAGAAGGACGAGCUGCCAUUGGAAUUACUGCACAUGCAAGUCUCCCCGCGGCAUUCAACCAAGAAUUCGUCGCGUUCGUUGUGGCACUUGUCAAAGCCACCAAAAUCAUAGAAAUAGAUAAGGAAAUCGACCGUAUGGAGUCAAUGCCACAGGCUGCGGAAGACGGUAUAGAUAUUCUGAGCAGAAGCACUCCGAUGACAGACUUUCUCACCCCUACUUCAUCAGCGCCACUCUCACGAAUAAACACGAGCGACACACUCGAUAUUUUAGCUUCGACUCCGCCUGAUUUGUCACAACGCAACCGCAUGCUGUCCGAUCUCACUGCUCUCGGUAGCUCAUCAAAAAAUCGCCUGAAUCGUUUGACCAAGGGACUCCGCGAUGAUAAAGACACGCUGCGUAGUUUCAUCCAAGAUAUGCAUCAGAACAUGCGCAACGGGGUCAAGAAGGCAGUCUUAGGGUCUCUGGUGAAUGACCGUUGGAUCGCUAAGCUGAUGGGCAAGAUUGGGCCCAAUCUGGAAACGGCACAUGGAGACAUUGGGUACUCAAGUGAGAUUCCUGUAUCGUUGGAGAGGUAUCGUCCUGGGCCUGGAAGUGACUGCUUAUUGAGUAAAUUGUUGCCUUGA